AAUUAAAUCUACCCAUAACUUAGAUUAAACUACCACUGCCUUUGACCAAAAAAGAGCAGAGAGUAGGGUACCGAGGAUCAUGUGAUGUGCAUGAAAAUUAGGCACACAAACAGCAAAUCCAACAUGUGAAUUUAAUCACGACGAUGAUGUAAAAUUAAAACAAAAUUGAUAAUAAUAAUAAUAAUAAUAAUAGGAGGAGGAAAAGGGUUCAUUUCUUUAGAGAACUAAAAGAAAAUGCGUUUUGAACUAAAACACCAUAAUUUACUUCUUCUUUCCCCAUUUUGCGUUUAAGUAGCAGAGCCCCUCCUCUUUCUUCUACAAUCUUCCUCUUCCUCUUCUAAUUCUUCUUUCCACUCUCAGAAUCCUUAAAGAUGGUUAGCACUGAGCUUGCCCGGAAUAUUGUAGGAAUCAUCGGAAAUGUUAUCUCCUUUUUCUUAUUUACAUCCCCAAUACCAACUUUUGUCAAGAUUUAUAAGAAAAAAUCAGUGGAGCAAUUCAAACCAGACCCUUACAUAGCAACAGCCAUGAACUGUAUGCUAUGGGUCUUCUAUGGCCUACCAAUUGUUCAUCCUGAUAGCAUCCUUGUAGCCACCAUUAAUGGCACUGGACUCAUUUUGGAGGUUAUUUAUCUCACCAUUUUCUUCAUCUACGCUGAAAACAAAGCACGACUCAAAGUCAUUGGCUGGUUCAUUCUUGAACUUGUAUUUUUGGGCAUCGUGGCGACAUGCACAUUGUUGUUUAGAAAAACACAUGAGCAAAGGUCUACUAUUGUUGGUAUCCUUUGUGUCAUAUUUGUAGUUCUAAUGUAUGCUUCGCCUCUCACGGUCAUGUGGAGGGUGAUUGAAACAAGAAGUGUGAAGUACAUGCCAUUUUUUCUUUCACUUGCCAACUUUCUUAAUGGAGUUAUAUGGGUAACAUAUGCCCUAAUUCGCUUCGAUCUUUAUAUCUUGAUUGGGAAUGGUUUAGGAGCAGCUUUUGGAGCAGCACAGCUAAUUCUAUAUGCAUGCUACUACAAAACUACCCCUACAGAUGAGGAAGAUGUCAAGCCAACGGCCGAGUCCCAGGCAGAGUUGCAGCUCUCUACUCGCAAUGGAAAAUUAAGCUAGAUUUACACCUUUUAAAAAGUUUAUUAUCAAAGAUAUAAUUAUAUGUAUUUACUUAAUCCUUCUUUAGUAAAAUUAUAAAGUAUCCCUAUUUAUACAAAAUUUCUAAUGUACAUUUACUUAUUCCAUCUUCAGUGAGAUUGUAAAGUGCUCUUAUUUGUAUGUAAUUUCUAAUGCAUUUCUAGCUUCUAUCUUUAUUUGUACGAAAAUUUCUAAUAUACUUUUACAUUAAUU